CCUCUUUUAUAGCAUUCCUUGGCCUUAGUCCUCAAGCGAAAACUAGAACGAGAGAAUAGGAGAUUUUGUUCCUUCUCCGUUUUUUUAAUCUUCUUCGGUUAUUUCAAACCCUAAAUUUCAAAUCUCCGCUUCUCAUACUUAUUGUAGAAUUCAUCAUUUUAGUUUCCUAAUGGCGUCAGGAUCAUCUGGUAGAGUGGGUUCUGGUGGUUCCAAAGGGUUCGAUUUCGGUUCUGACGACAUCUUAUGUUCUUACGAUGAUCUUGGGAAUCAAGAAGCUCCCAUCGGCAACCACAGAGAUCCUUCGAUGAAUAGAAACUCCGGAAAGGAAGGCAAGACGGGGAGAUCCUCAUUGUUAAAUGCCUAUAAUCAUCAAGAGGAAUCCCUUAAUCAGGAUCUGAUUUCUACAGUAGAAAACACGAUGAAAAAAUAUGCUGACAAUCUACUUCGUUUCCUUGAGGGAAUUAGUAGCCGUCUGUCACAACUGGAAUUAUAUUGCUACAAUCUUGACAAAUCAGUGGGAGAAAUGCGAUCUGAUUUGGUUGGAAAGCACAGUGAAGCAGAUUCAAAGCUUAGGUCUCUUGAGAAACACCUGCAAGAAGUCCACAGGUAUGUGCAAAUCCUUAGAGACAAGCAAGAACUUGCUGAAACUCAGAAAGAACUAGUCAAGCUUCAGCUUGUACAGAAAGAAUCCUCAAGCAGUAUUCAUCUUCAGCACAAGGAAGAGAGAGGUGCACCAUCUGGUUCUGAUAGCCAAAAAGUUGUUUGCACAGCACAAGGGCAGAACCUGCAGUUGGCUCUUGCUUUACCCCAUCAAGUAUCUGUAUCGUCCUCCCUGCCGCCUAGGCCUGUGGAACAACAGCAGCCUUUGGCAGCUCCACAGCAAACCCUUCCUCAGAAUGUUCAUGCUCAGGUUCAGACACUUUCCUAUUACACCCCACAGAAUCAUUUGCCUAAUUUGCUGCUCCAAAGCCAACAUCAACCUCAGGACCAAUAUUUGCAAGCAGAUACCCAAUACCAAAGGCCCCAAAUGCAUGAUUUGUCCAGGCAGGCACCACAGUCUCUAGUCAGUCAGACUACUCAGACCCAGCAAAUGCUCCCCUUUUCCGCUUACCCACAGCAGUGGCCACCACAGUUUCCCCGAGACGUACAUCAACCACAACAACCAUCUCCACAACCUCAGGUUAGACCCCAGACAACAACAGUGUAUUCAUCCUACUUGUCUACUCAACCUGCGAACCCGCCUCCUGAAACCUUCUCAGGCAGUAUGCCAAUGCAGGUCUCGUUUUCUGGAGUCCUGCCACCUGUAGUGAGCCGUGCAGAAUCCAUGGCUUAUGGUUAUAAUGGGGCUGUUAGAACAACAACAGUUCAGCAGUCGCUCUCUCCACAGCAUAGCAUUCAGAGGCAACCACAGCCUUCAACCAACCAGAGCACUUUUGGAGUUCAUCUCAAUGAUGGCUCCUUCUCAGGUGCUGGAUCUCAUCCAUCACAGCCCCAAGGACAAGGAUAUAUGAUAUAUGAUGGGGAGGGUGGACUAACCUCUCAUCCACCACCCCCACACUACCCACAGGGUGGGUAUCCUCAAACAACAACACAUACCUCUGUCCAGAAUCUACAGCCUACUGCUGGAGGUAGUCUUCUUGUCCGCCAUCCAAGCCCAUCGCAGAUGAUGCGUAGCCAUAUGAAUAGCGAGCUGAUUGAGAAAGCUGUGAGCAUGAAUUACGGGAGAGAGAAUGUUGCCGCUGUGAUCCGUAGGCUGGAGGAAAGUGGUCAACCAGUGGAUUUUAACAGCCUUAUUCACAUGUUGAAUGUGCAGUCAUCUGGUGGUUCCCAGAGGGGAUGGUCUGGCUAACUCCAAAUGUUGAAGUCCAUCUACAUAGCAACAAGUGCGUGCGCUUUUUCUAUGUUUAGUGCUUUAAAUAAAGUACACUGAUUAUUGUAUAUUUGUGGCAUCAUUCCAUGGCUUGGUCUUAUUUUAUUGUCAAGUCUUGGAUGCCCUCUCAUGUU